GCUCAUACAAUAUCUCUAGGCCUAAUUAGGCAGUUCUGAAAUCCCCUGCGAGCGCUGUUGUAUUCGCUCUGGGAUAGUGCCGGCUAAUUGCUGCCCGCUCACAACAACACAGCAACAUACUUGCAUACCCUACUCCAUAAAGACGUCAAAGACCGUGGGAGGAUCAGUAUCAAAGCUGACAGGGGUGUCUGGCUAGUGUGAGUUAAACAAGCACACGAGUGCUCCCACCCUGUGGGACAACCUUAACUCACUUGAUGAUUGAUUCGGCAAACCCACUCCACUCGUUACCAUGGAAAACCUUAGGCCGCAUGGCUGUUGGAACGUGUUCGCCUCUCUGGCUUAACACAGCCAAUUAAUAGAAUGAAUGAAUGACCGGCAGGAUCCAUAUCAAACUCUCCUCGAUAACCGGAGCUUCCAACUAGUUAGGCUACCCAGCUCAAAUUAUUUUUUACUUCCUGUCAUCACUUGCGACUCCAAGUUUCCUCGAUAAGCUUCCUUGGCACCGAAAGAUUGUUGAGUUAAGGUUUCACCCAACCUAAACUAUUUGCAAACACGCAGUAUUUUCUGUAUUGGUAAUACAGGAGCGUGUAAUUCAUUUACAGGUGGUUUCACCCAUCAAGGAUAUCAAACGCUUAUUCAUGGCAGUCACAUCUGCGGGAACCAUGUCGGCCAUGGUUAGCAGUUGCUACCGUAGUUAAUCCAGCAAAGAGAACAGCUGGAGGUAGGUUGUUUAGCAACCUGCUACUUAGUUAACUUGACAGUCCUGCGAGUGCCCUGGGGAAAGAGAAUUUCCCUAAGGGUCAGCGUAACGGUCCCGACCGCGAGUUUGAGCUCCUACAUAUUUGAUAAUUAUUUGUGUGAUAUCCAAGUACAAUAAAACAAAAUGGUCGAUUUACCCCCUCCAACAGAUGCCCUUGAAUGGGACAAACUAGGUCUAACGCCUAUGGAUGUGAAUGGUCAUGUCGAAUCUGACUACUCCGUCAACACGAGCAGGUGGUCUGAACCUCGGUUUAUCCAAGAUCCUUUUCUCAGAAUCCACGGUCUUGCACCUGGACUCAAUUAUGGGCAGCAAGCGUUCGAGGGAAUGAAAGCCUAUCGCGAUCCUAAAGGACUGAUUCAAGUAUUUCGUCCUAAAGAGCAUGCGGCUCGCUUAUCGCUCUCUUGCUCUACGAUUGCAAUUCCGCCUAUUCCAGAGGACAUUUUUCUGCGUGGAGUCAAUCUCGCCGUCGUAAAGAACGCUGAAUAUGUCCCACCGCACGACACGGAUGCUGCGUUAUACAUACGGCCCCUGGUCUUCGGUUCAGAUGCAUUCUUUGCAGUCUCGGCUGGAACUGGAUACAAGUUCUGUAUCUAUGUACAGCCAUAUAAAGCCUAUCACGGUGUUCAUCCUCUCCCGGCAUUAAUCUUGGAGGAUUUUGACAGAGCGGCGCCCAAAGGGGUCGGUCAUGUGAAGGUCGGCGGCAAUUAUGCACCUGUAUUGAAAUGGAGUGAUCAGGCUCGCGCUGAAGGCUUCUUUAUGACACUUCACCUUGACAGCCGUGAUAAUUCGGAGGUUGAUGAGUUUAGCACCUCCGCCUUUAUUGGCCUGAAACAGAGCGGCAGUUCAUAUACCCUUGUCUCACCGAAUAGUCGCUCGAUCUUGAAGAGUGUCACUAGUACCAGCUGUAUAGAGCUCGCCAAAUCUUUUGGAUGGAAUGUAGAGAUCCGCCCUGUAAGUGAAGGUACAGCGGAUAUCCCUUGCCAGCCCAGAGAAAUAACAGGUAUACAGAUCCCAUAUUCCGAGCUUCCUUAUUUCACAGAGGUUCUUGCUGCUGGGACGGCAGCUAUGAUACUGCCUGUCAAAUCGAUCACUCGCAGGUCAACCGGGGAUACUUUCGAAUUUGCAGUCAACGGGCCAGGUGAGGGCUGUAAAAAACUGUCCAAGGCGCUUUUAGACGUCCAGAAGGGCAUCGUGAAGUCCGAUCUAGGGUGGCUAUGGCAGGUUUCCCCGGUGUCCAACGCGGAAAGCGCUUAGGCGUUCAUAAAUGUUUUGAGACAGGGUUGAAUAUGAGUGAUUACGGCAGAAAAUGAUGGAUGAUGAAAGGCCCCCAGAACUGAGCCCACGAACUUUCGGUAGCAUGAAUGGAGCGACGUAGCGACUAACUAAUUCAGCUUACUUACCAGCGAAGAAUUAAAAAAUGAAACCGUAGCGAAUGGAAUGAAUGAUUUUGAUUAGCUACAGGAGGAUUUACGUACGUAGCAAUUGGUAAUGAAGAUGAGCUUGCCAAGGAGGUAUUUGUCUAUAUGAAAGAUGGAAGUCUCUGAUGGGUUGGUCAGAGCUGACUAAGUUCAUUAUGACAAAACUUUAAUGGCUACUGGAGGAUGCUGACUAAACUGUAGUUAAUUUCAACAGCCCCAACACAAAUUCAUCCAUCCUCGAGUUGACGUCGUGAAUAAACAUCUUCCUUUAGCCAAUCUUGUUCCUACCGAAAAGUGAAAAUGCAAAAGAAAGAAAGAAAAAUAAUUGCGAAAACAUAGUCAGAAUACCCGCUGAAUUCUUAACAAACUCUUGAGCAAGCAGCUAUGACCUCAUUUUAAUUAACAGCAAGGAUUAUACCCAUUCCUGGCUGCUAGAGUGCGAGAUGGAGCAUUGCGCUUUUAACCCCUGAAGGCUGCAAUGCAAUGCAAUGCAUGGCCUGAUCCAUCAAAGGUCCGAGCCAUACAUCCUUUAUUUGACCACCUGCAAAGAGGAAUAAACCCAGAGUUGCCUAGGAGUACGGAGAACGGAGCACCAAAGUUAUAUCCGGUGCAGGGAGUAGCGAGAGAAGAAUGUUCACAUCCUUCCUCCUUCCCCGUUUAUUUUUAUUCUUAUUUUCUAUUUUUGUUUUCUUUUCUUUUCUUUUCUU